AUGGUAGCAGUGGACAAGAAUACCAGUGUUAUUAUCCAAACCAUGGUAUUCAUGAUGAAUCAGAGUAUAAUCCAGAAAGAGGAUUACUAUAACAAAUAUUCUCCACAUCAAGAUUCAAAUGUGAAAUGUUAUGGUACAUACGGCUGUUUUGAUGUAGGGCCACCUUGGACAUCAGAUACCAGACCAGUGGCCCUUUUCCCAGAAGACAUAAAGAAGAUAGAACCAAAAUUCCACUUAUACACGAGAAAAAAUCCGCUACGUCCUGGGUUUCUCGAUGUCAGUGAAAUGGAAUUUUUCGACGAAGAAUCUUCCUUUUUGGAUCCCAAAAAACCGAUAUAUCUAAUCACCCAUGGAUAUGUUGAAAGUGGAUAUAGGGAUUGGAUCGGCUGGAUGGCUCGCGCUCUCCUGGCCCGCGAAGACUGCAACGUGAUAGUGAUCGACUGGGAGGGCGGAUCGGAACCGCCCUACGGGCAGGCUGUGGCCAACAUCCGGCUGGUGGGAGCGAUAGCGGCGCACCUGCUGGCCGAGAUCGCCCAGUACACGGGCGGCCUGAAGCUGGAUCACGUGCACGCCAUCGGGCACUCUCUGGGCGCCCACCUGUUCGGCUACACCGGGUAUACGCUGCAGAAGGAAUUCAACCUGACCUUGGGCAGAAUCACCGGCAUGGACCCCGCCGAGCCCCACUUCUCCAACACGGUCGCCCCGGUGCGGCUGGACCGCUCGGCCGCCCAAUACGUCGACGUCAUCCACACGGACGCCCGGGGGUUCAUCAGCGGCGCGGGCGGACUGGGCAUAAUAGAGCCUAUCGGGCACGUGGACUACUACCCGAACGGGGGGAGGGACCAGCCGGGGUGCACCAAGGGCAUCUCGCAGUUCAUUCGCGAUAACAACAAUAGCAUUUUCGAUGGUUUCAGAAGAUAUGUGAGUUGCAACCACUUGAGGAGCCAUCAGAUUUUCUUAGAUAGUUUGAAAAAAGAUUCAAGAUGUAAAUAUUUGACUGUUACCUGUACUUCUUUCAAGGAUUUCAUGGAGGGUCAAUGCUUUGACUGUGGGAAAAAUAGAGCAAAUUGCAUACCGUUCGGAUUCGAUGGACGAAAACAUUAUGAAAAGUUUUCGAAACAUAAAUACCAACAUAAAAGCAGAACACAAUAUUUGCUAACAGGAGCAAAUGCACCCUAUUGUAGAAGCCACUACAGAAUAUCAGUGGAAAUAUCGGACUCGAACUUCAGCAAAACGGAAGGCGGCGAGGUGGGUACGCUUCACUUCACCAUGCACUCGUCUGAAGACGGCAAGGGAGACAAAACAGGCAGGGUGGGCUUUUUCACCGGCUACCACCGGCCCGGCGGAGGGUACACGGGGGUGGUAGCUACUGAUGGGGUGACCCAUAUGGGGGCCAUCGAGGUCGAGUGGAAGUACGAGACGAAUCUGCUAAAUCCGCUGACUUACAGGAUUUUGACUAGUCCGAGAAUCUAUUUGAGGAAGGUUACUGUCGAAGCCUUAGAUAUUGAUGAAAGAAUUACUGUUUGUCCAAAAGGUCAAAAACCAGUUGUGAAUGGAUUGCCUCAGCUGAUGCUCCCAUCAUAUUGUUGA